GCUAGUAAGUGACUGGUAACAUUAUAAACUGGAUUGGUCCCUGAGUUCAGAGACUGAGUUGCAAUUGAGUGAAAAAUAGACAACGAAAUCUUGAAGAAUUGCACUGAGGUGCAAACCCAAGUUUAUUUGGCUCUCCAAGUAAUAUUGGUUGAACUAAGAGAUUGGUAAACCAAACCUGUAUUAGGACUGGUUGUUUGGGUGUCUCUCUUUGUCAUUGUUGCCUCUUGCUGUUACAUUGCUGUCUGUGUCGUCUUUCCAGGUCCAGAUGUUUUCCGAUAAUUCACAUUGCCCUGAUUGUGGACAACAGUGGUUCCCUAGUUUAGAACUAGGCCACUGGUUGUACCAAACUGAACUUGUUGAGAAUGAAUGUUACCAGGUAUUCUUAGACCGUAUUAACAGAGCUGAUUACUGCCCUGAGUGUUAUCCUGAUAAUCCUGCUAAUAGAAGCCUUGUUCUUCCUUGGUCUUUCCCACUUGAGUGGGCUCCCCAAAAUCUCACCAGAUGGACCUUUGAGAAAGCCUGCCAUCCAUUUCUUCUGGGUCCUCCACUGGUUAGAAAAAGAAUACAUGACUCUCGAGUAGCUGGUUUUAACCCAGCAUUACAGUUAAUCUUGACCAGAACAGAUAAAACCUUAAACAAAAAGCUGGGCCAAAACAAAUAGCUUCUGUCAUAGUCAAAAUUGUCAAGUCUAGAGGCUUUUGUGUGGUUAGCCCAAAGAAGAUGGAAAAAUAAUUCAUUUCUAAAUCUGACCCAGAUUGUCACUACUUUGGGGGAACUGCUUAAAUUGUUAGAUCUGCUUCUGUGGCCUACACAUAUUUUGCUCACCAUGAAUUUAAUCAGUAUUCCAGCCAGAUUGUCCAUCUAGACUGAGGCUAAUCCAUAUUUUCUAUUAACAAGGAUUUGGAACUUACCACUUCUAAAAAACUUUCUGCAGCUUAAAUAGUGACAUAUGACAAGGUAGUCCUAGAGGGCAAGUC